UCACAAAAGGGUUGCUAUAUUUUUCAUUUUCCUUUCCAUUUUUGAAGAGCCCAUAUCGUAUCAGGCGGUAUUUUUUUUUUUGUUUUUGGUUGGUGGGUUCGCAUUUUUGUAGCUUUUGUCAGCUGGGUUUUGAGUUUUAUUGGUGAAUGAUUCGUGGGAUUUUGAUUAAAUCCCUGGUUACGUGAAUCAGGGUGUGGGCUUGGUUUUCAUGGCAAGGAGGAAUAUUCUGUAGUCGUUUUCGUUGCUCAAUUUCUGGGGAGGUUUAAGGAUUUGUUGUUAGUUUUUCUAGGCUUGCUAUUGUUGAAAUCUGAUGGUUUUAGUGUCAUUUUUUUUUUGACAUUUUUGUUGCCUGAGGGACUGAUCAGUGAUCACUUGCUCCAAAGGGUGCAUUGCAGCUUCAGCAGUCUUCUUCGUUGAGAACAUGAGUAUGACGAGUGAAAGUGAAGACCGGAUGGUGCCUAAAGGUGCCAUAGGUUCACCAUCCGUUGAAGAAACUAGUGGUGGAGGAAACUUCGGAGUGAAUGGUCCUCUGAAGAAAGGUCCCUGGACUUCUGCAGAAGAUGCAAUUUUGGUUGAGUAUGUGACUAAGCAUGGAGAGGGGAACUGGAAUGCAGUCCAGAAGCAUUCAGGACUUGCCCGCUGUGGAAAGAGUUGUCGUUUAAGAUGGGCAAAUCACCUGAGGCCAGAUCUGAAAAAAGGUGCGUUCACUCCUGAGGAGGAGCGGCGUAUCAUUGAACUCCAUGCUAAAAUGGGAAACAAAUGGGCAAGAAUGGCUGCUGAGUUACCUGGCCGUACAGAUAAUGAGAUAAAAAACUAUUGGAAUACUAGAAUCAAGAGACGACAGCGUGCUGGCUUGCCAAUCUAUCCUCCUGAUAUCUGUUUGCAAGCUUUGAGCGAGAGCAAACAAAGUGAGAAUCUGUCUAGUUUCUCGUCGGUGGAGACACAACAUCCUGAUCUCUUACCAAUUAACAGCUUUGAGAUUCCAGCUGUAGAAUUCAAAAAUUUGGAACUCAAUCACCAGUUGUAUCCAUCACCACUUCUCGAUGUUCCAGGUCGUGGUUUGCUUGAUAUUCCUGCUAGUAGCCUGCUGGCCCAAGGUCUUCAUUCUUCCUAUGGCGGCAAAAUUUUGCUAUCAGCAGUCCAUCCAACAAAACGUCUUCGACAAUCUGAGUCCUUGUUCCCUGGCUUGGCUACCAGUUUUACUGGUGCCUUCACAAACUGCAGUAAAUAUCACAAUGAUGGUUCUGCACAGAAUCUUCAAUCAUUUGGGAUCACCUCUGCAUAUGAUCAGAAUCUAACUUCAGACAACCAAUCAACAUCCUGUGUACUUCCUGGCAGCCAUGCCCUUCUAAAUGGCAACCCCUCCUCCUCGGAGCCCUCAUGGGCAAUGAAGCUGGAGCUCCCUUCACUCCAAACCCAGAUUGGUAGUUGGGGCUCACCUUCUUCCCCACUGCCUUCCCUUGAGUCUGUGGAUACUUUAAUCCAGUCUCCCCCAACUGAGCACACCCAAUCAGGUAGUCUCUCGCCUCGAAAUAGUGGCCUGUUAGACGCUGUACUUUAUGAAUCGCAGUCUCUGAAAAACUUCAAGAGCAGUUCGUGCCAGCAUAUGUCUAGUGUGUCCAUGGCUCAGGGAGAAGUAAUGGAUAACUCACUGCAGGAUCUUCAUGAGGCAGAAUGGGAAGCAUAUGGUGACCCCAUAUCUCCUCGAGGCCACUCUGCUGCAUCAGUGUUGAGUGAAUACACCCCCAUCAGCAGAAGCUCAAUGGAUGAACUUCAGUCACUUGAGAAUACACCAGGAGGCAAAGUUAAACAAGAAGCAGAAGAAAUGGUCCCAACACAGUUCUGUGGAAAUGAUGAUGCCUUCAACUCAAACAACAUGAUCUUCUCAAGGCCAGAUUUUUUACUAGCAUCGAACUGCUUUGGUCCCAAGGGAGAGUACGGGAAAGAACAACUCCAUGCUGAAAGAUGCAGCUGGGGCACUUCUUGGUGACAAUUUUGGCUUGGACUACAGACAAAUUUGCACUAUAUUGUCCUCUCAGAUCAAGACUGGGUGUGGUUCUCUUUGCUGGAUAAUCUUCUAUCUGGGCUUCUUUCUAAAGUCUAGGAAGUCUCUUGCAUUUUUAAUGCAUUUGACUGCUUCAUUGUUACUGUUAUUGUCGUUGUGAAGUAAAGACGAAAUAUUUACAUUCAUUAGAACCAGUUUAGACAUUGUAAUGGCCUUCUUCCUUGCCACUCCAGGGAUUGUCAGCCAUAUUCACUUUUUGUUUGGUAAAGAUGGUACUGAAAACUUUUCUGCUCA